UUCACCGACAUAACAACGACUUGUCAUCAAAACACUAAUCCAUCUUCUAUGUCUUCUUCUUCUCUUAUUAGGAAAAUUCUGAUCAAUUCCAUUUUUACGUUUCAGAAAUUGAUCUCACAUCAUAUCAUGCUCGUUUCGUUCUCUCUUUCCUCCUCAACUCCUCAAUCUAUUUCAUCUUCUUCUUCUCCUCCAGUAGUGUUCGAAGAGGUACAAUUGUUGAAACCGACACAUCAAAGACUCGAUUUUUUUCCCAGCAAGUGAAGAUGGUGAUCGAAUUAGAAAAUUCUGGAAUCGAUGAAGAGGAAGAAGAAGAAGAAGAGAUUAGUGGAUCGCCGAAACUGGUUUUUAAAUUCGCGUUUCAGACGGAAACGUUCGAGCGGUUGAGUAGAGAAGGCUACAGAUCGUUAAGUGAUGAUUCCGGUGUGGAGAGGGAGAGCGAGGGUAGUGUUUUGUGUUCUUCUUCUUCUUCUUCUUCUUCUCCGGUGAUUUUUACGGCGGCGGCGAGAAUAUACGAGCCAGCGUCGGCGAAAAAUCUCACUUUUGUUAUGGAAAACCCAAAGGCGGCGACUUUUAGGGUUGAAGACUGUUUGAAGGAGAAAGCACAAACAGAGGAUCACUCUGUUUUUCGCGGCGAGAAGAAAAAACCCUCUGUUUUUGACGGCGAGGAGAGUGUAGAAACAGAAGAUUACACUAUUUUUCACGGCGAGAAGAGAAAACCCUCUGUUUUGCACGGCGAGGAGAGUAGGAAAACAGAGGAUUGCUCUGUUUCUUCCGUCGAGGACAGAAAGAUCAGAUUUUUAACAGAGGAUGAUUUUUUGGAAUCGGAUUCUGAGUUUGUUGAUUCGAGUCAGACAUUCACAAGCAACGACGAAGAUGGGUUUUUAUCAGAUUCAGACUUUCCGGAGGAAGAGCAAAACCGUAAAAAAGACAAUUCUGGUUCUGCUUCAGAGGAAGAAGAUGAAGAUACAGAUGGGUUUGAGAGUUUAUGGGAGCAUCAAGAUUUGAUAGAGCAACUUAAGAUGGAGAUGAAGAAAGUCAAAGCUAUCGGUGGGCUUCCGACAAUUCGUGAAGAUGAAGAAGAUGAUGAUUAUGAAUGUCCUAAGAUCAUGGAAGGUUUAAAGCCAUGGAGGAUCGAAGAAGAGAAGAAGUUUACACACGUUGAUACCAUUGGUGAAGUUCAUAAGUUCCAUAGAAGUUACAGAGAACGAAUGCGAAAACUCGAUAUCUUGAGUUUUCAAAAGUCUUAUACUCUUGGGCUACUUCAAUCAAAUAUCCCUCAACAAGCAACCUCGGCCGUUGGAUCCUCUCCUUCCCAGUCGUCGUUUUCAUCGGUUUUCUCAGUUAAUAUUCGGUUAUGGAAACCGAAGAAAUCAGAAACUGAACCAAUGGUUCAAUUCAUAAAAGAGAUUCAGGGGGAAUUAGAGAACGUAUACGUUGGUCACAUGUGUUUGUCAUGGGAAAUACUUCACUGGCAAUAUGAAAAGGCCAUUGAAUUACUAGAAUCUGAUGUGUACGGAUCUCGUCGGUACAACGAAGUCGCUGGAGAGUUUCAACAGUUUCAGGUUUUACUCCAAAGAUUUCUUGAAAACGAGCCGUUCGAAGAGCCUAGAGUGCAACAUUACAUCAAGAGACGUUGUGUUCUUCGUAAUCUCCUUCAGGUCCCGGUUAUUCGAGAAGAUGGAAACAAGGACAAAAAGAAUGGAAGAAGAAGAGAUUACGAGGAAAAUGAAGACGGUGCGAUUAAAAGCGAUCAACUAGUGGAAAUUAUGGAAGAAACAAUUCGAUUAUUCUGGCGAUAUGUACGGUGUGAUAAGCUUUCUAGCUCGAUUCAUGAUCAGAAAUCGCGAACCAAAUCACAGAUAGAACCGGAUCACGAAGAAGACUCAGAAGAUCUAGAGAUGUUUGCUGAGGUUACAUCACAACUUCAAAAUAAGGAGAAAAGGUUGAAAGAUGUGUUGAAGAGUGAGAGAUGUAUUAUAAGAAGAUUCCAAAAGCACAAGGAAGAAGAUACAGCAGAAGAUCAUGUGCUUUACUUCUUCUCACAAGUGGACAUGAAACUUGUGACAAGGGUCUUGAAUAUGUCCAAAUUGACUAGGGAUCAUUUGGUUUGGUGUCGUAAUAAGUUGACCAAGAUUAACUUUGUGAAUAGAAGGUUACAUUUAGAUCCCUCCUUUUGCCUCUUCCCGUGUUGACAUAUGUAUUGACAAAUUUGUAUAUUGAGUAAUAAUAAUAUACAAAUUUUGGCCUUGUGUAAUUGUAAGUAAAACUCAUAAAGUGUCUCAAAUUUUGGCUAUUACAUGUGAUGAAUUUAUUGGUUUCA